UUAUGGCUCCUCAACCCCCUCAACCUGAAGAACUUCCCCCAAUUUGCAGGAACAUUAUAACCGAGUACUCUGACCAAAUCAUGAAAUUGAGGUUUACUCUUCUGGAGUUGUUAUCUGAGGCUCUUGGUCUAAAACCAUAUCACCUCAAAAGUUUGGGAUGUGGUCAAGGACUUUCCGUCUUGGGUCAUUACUACCCACCUUGUCCUGAACCAGAAUUGACAUUUGGUGCAAACUACCAUACCGAUUCUGGUUUCUUGACCAUAGUUCUACAAGAUUCAUUGGGUGGCCUUCAAGUCUUACAUCAAAAGCAAUGGGUUAAUGUCUCACCGCUUCCGGGUGCUUUAGUUGUUAAUAUCGCGGAUCUUUUGCAGCUCAUCACGAACGAUAAAUUCAAAAGUGUCCAUCAUAGAGUAUUGGCACAAAAAGGAACACCGAGGAUAUCGGUGGCAGCUUUCCUGGGGCCGUCUCAUGAGGGGAUCGAGUCAAUUGUGUACAGGCCGAUCAAAGAGUUGGUAUCUGAAGAAAACCCUUGUGUAUACAAGAACACUAGCUUGAACGAAUUUAUGAGGCUUCGAAGGAAUGCUGAAGGAAUGGAUGGAACAUCUGCCCUUGCUCCUUUCAAGUUGGAUCCAUGAAGGUCUACAAGUGUGUUUAUUGCACCUAGCUUGCGAGUUUGAUUCGACUUAAGUUAUGGUAUUUGGUGAUUUCUAUAAUGUUGUUUAUGAGUACUAAAAACGUUGUUUGUGUGUCAACUUUUAUGGUAUGUGGUUAUUUCUAAUGUUGUUUUUGAGUACUUGAAAUUUUGUUUGUGAUUAAACGGAUGUGUCAACUUUAUG